UUUUCUUUGCUUUCGGCGGGACUAAUAAAGGAAUUACUUUCAAGGAUCUGUUUUGUGGACUUGUCUUGCUGACAAGAGGAAGGCAAGCAGAAAAACUUAGAUUUAUAUUUGGAAUGUGCGCAAACCAGGAGAAUGGCCUGUAUGUUACGAAGAUGGAUCUCAACAAUUUCAUCGCAGCCUGUGACGGUAACACCCCUGCCACAGACCUCAUGGGGUUAUUCAGAGAGUCUGACCGUGUCUCUUAUGAGCAAUUUUGUACCUGGCUACUGAAGAAUAGUGAUGUUAUGAAGUUGUCGGCAUGGUUACUACAGGACAAUAGCAAACAAGGUCUGCGUCUAUCUGAUGAGAGUGACACACCCACCUUUUACCAGACACUAGCUGGAGUGACGCAUUUGGAAGAGGCAGAUAUAAUUGAACUAGAAAAGAAAUAUUGGGUACUACAAGCACAAUCAAAGUCAGGAAGACUGGAUCUUGAUACCUUCACCCCGCUGAUUGCACCACCCAUGCCUGCAGAACUUGUGGAAGGUGUAUUUAAUGCUUUUGAUGAGAAUCAAGACAACCACAUUGACUUGAAGGAAAUGGCAUGUGGACUGUCGGCAUGUUGCAGAGGACCACUUGCAGAGAGACAAAAGUUCUACUUCAAGAUCUUUGAUGCGGACCGUGACGGGAGACUGUCCAAGACGGAGCUGGAGAAGAUGUGCACGGCUCUUCUCAACGUUCGUCGAGAAUCCAGGGUGGGGCUUGAGAUUGACUUCAAAGCCGUUGAGAACCUGAAUCCUGUGGAUAUCGCUGGAGACAUCCUUUCAAAGCAUGCUGGAGACAGUGAUCAAGGUAUCACCGCCGAAGAGUUCCAGGUGUGGGCCGUCAAGAACAGCCUCCCAGAUGACUUCAAUAAGUUACUCUUUCAGAUCUGUCAUAUCAUACUUGGUCUAAGACCGCAGAGUACGGUGGAGGAGAAAGAGGUGAUUAUGGGAUGGGUAGAGAGAGAAAGAAGGAGAGGACUGAGGCCGGCUCAAACCUGGUACCUCAUCUCAGCCCAGUGGUGGAAAAGCUGGAACGACUAUGUCAACUACAAGCCAACCAGUAGUAGUGGCCAACAAACCUCAAGACAUGCUGGUGUCCAAACCAGCCUAUCUGCCCUCUCCCCAAACCACACCACCCCGUCCUCCUCACCGUCCUUUACGCGUCGCACCCAGGGCAACGGCAGCCAGGCUUGGGGCGACUCCCGCCAAUCCCGCUCCUCCCCCUCGUCCCCGUCAUCCAAUCAGAAUGCAACCACCAUCUCGCGGCCGGGCACGUCGCAUUCGCUCCCACGCCACGCCUCGUUGGGUGGAUCUACCAGCAGUGUGAAACCUCUGCAGCAUGCGUCAUCAUUCAACAGUGCUAGCCCGUCUAGGAAGAGACCUGGACAUGCUGUAGCCGUUCCUACCAACUCUAUUCCAUGCAAGCCCGGCCCUAUUGAUAAUACAUCUCUUGUAGCAGCUGAUAAUAAAAAGCAAGUAUCUACCCUGACUAACGAGGGCGGUAGACUAAGACGGCACCCUCCAAUCGCACAAAACAAAGACUAUGAAAUCAUUCCGGACCCCGUCUGGAAAGCCCUAGCUCUGUGGUAUGCUGGAGGACCUGCUCUCCCUAGAAAUGUGAUCGUUCAGACGUCGUCGCAAGGAAACACGUCCUGCAAGUUAGAACUGUACCCUCUGUGUGUAAAGUUACUGAGACAUCAGACCCCUCAAGCUAAGCAGAAUGGGUGGAGUGGUGUUAAUCUUGGAUUAGGCAAUAUAUCACUAAGUUCCUCUGGACUCGGUAUCAACAUCUCAGGAAACAGCGGUACACCCCAAGCUCCCAAGCGCUACGUGGCGUACAUGGCAUGCUUCAGCAAGAUGCACACCCUUCAACAGGUCCAUGAAUUCUUGUCGGCGAGGUUAAGGGUCAGGAUGGAGGAAAUGAGGUUAUGGAACCUCAAAGAUGAGAACAACCCUGUAGUUCUUGAAGACGAUUCCAGCGCAUUGGAUCAGCUUGGCAUUGCCGAUGAGCAGAGUUUACUAAUAGAGAUCAGGAACAAGGAUCUUAGCUGGCCGGAAGAGAUGUCAUUAUUAGCCAAGAAGAAAGCAGAUAGGCAACAGAGUGUGCGAACAGAUAAAGGUGUUACCGGUCUCAGUAACCUUGGUAACACGUGUUUUAUGAAUUCUGCCGUCCAGUGUAUCAGCAACACUCAGCCUCUCAGACUCUACUUCCAAACAAAGUCUUACCUCUACGAACUCAACCCGACAAAUCCACUGGGGAUGAAAGGUCAUCUUGCCAAGAGAUAUGGUGACCUUGUCAAUGACCUUUGGUCGGGUACAGCACGGAGUAUAGCACCUCUUAAACUCAGGUGGACAAUAGCCAAGUAUGCACCUCGCUUCAGCGGGUUCCAGCAGCACGACUCCCAAGAACUAUUAGCUUUCUUACUGGAUGGUUUACAUGAAGACUUAAACAGGGUCCACGAGAAACCUUAUGUUGAGCUGAAGGACAGUGAUGGCAGGCCGGAUGAAGAGGUCGCAACGGAGGCUUGGGAGAACCACAUGAAGAGGAACAAGUCUGUGAUUGUGGACCUGUUCCAAGGCCAGCUGAAGUCCCAGGUCCGGUGUAAGACCUGUGGUCACAUCAGCGUGAGGUUUGAUCCCUUCACCUUCCUCUCAUUACCACUCCCGAUGGAAAGCUCCAUGCAUGUAGAGAUUGUUGUUGUUCGACUUGAUGGAAGUGUACCUGUGAAGUAUGGCCUCAGAUUGAAUACCGAUGACAAGUACAAGUCUUUGAAGAAGCAGUUAGCGGAUCUUUGUGAUAUGAGAUCAGAUCAACUUGUCUUAGCUGAGAUUGGAGGAGCUAUGGUUAGGAGUUUUCCGUCCGAGUCCCAGAAGAUUCGCACAAUGCUAGGAGGCAUCCUCUACGCUUACGAAGUUCCGCAGACGUCGUCAUCAGGGAUCUGCAAAUCAGCAAGUCAAGUAUCGAUUGGCUCAGAAACUAAUGCUAGCCAAACUGCCAUAAUCCAUUCCGAAUCCAACCAGCACCCUCUUCCUCCUAUCAACACGGUGACCAAGGAGAACUCUGGGGUACACAGACCACCUGCCAACGGGGACAUCCCCAGGGCAGGAGGGGUGUCACCAGACCCCUCGACCACUUCAACGGGGGCACUCGACAAGAGGAGAAGAUUGGAGAAUGGAACAACUGCCAAAGAUGACAAGGGUAAGGCUUCAGUUUGGUUCUUCGUCUGGUAAAUUGCCACUUGGUCUACACCCAAUUUCAUCUACUUUCCAUUUGGUCUCAUCCCACGUGGUCUAAUCCUAGUUUGUUUGUACUGAAUUUUGUCUACACACCACUUGGAUUAAUUGACAUUUAGCCCACUUACCAUUUUGUCUAAUUUCCAGUUAGGCUAUACUCAUUUUGUCUCAUAUUUACUUGGUCUAUUAACCCUAAACUGACCGGGGGGGGGGGGGUUGAAUCAACCCCCCCUCAACAUUUUCUGCGAUCAUUCCGCCGCGCGAAAUUUUUUGACCGCGCCACUCACAGAGUUUAUACUUUCAAGUCUCGCGCAUCUUUUGAGACCAAAUUUGCGAUGCCCGGGUACGCGGUUCCGAAAUUACGCAACAUUUUGUAAGGGACCGUAUUUUUAUUAUUGAGGUCCGUUCGCAUGCAGGAGAACGCUGGACAGUUUCAAGAACGGGUUCCGACGAUUUGUGGGCGUGGCAAUGAACUUGUGGGUGUGGCAAUGAACUUAUCGGCGGAACGAAGCGGAAUGGUGAUCGGCGGAAUGCAGGAGAAUGGUACCCAGUCACAUCCUGGCGUCAGAGAUGUGAGAAUCGGCGGAACGAAGCGGAAUAGGACCUAGUCACAGCGCACGAGCAAAACUGGUGCGCCGAGGAUCUCGGCGCCGGCCGGUAUAGAAUGCUCGCUCAGCUUAGCUCUCAAGAAAACAGCGGCAUGAGUACAAGUGCGCUUGCUUUAAUUUAAUCUAGAAGUAAAUUAUCAGUUGAUGCUUUACCACCA